AUGGCCUCCAGAAGGCGGCCGUCCACUUCCUCAACCACCGCAACUACAUCCUAUCCAUCGUACUCUUACUCAUACCAGGGCUAUACUACUACUACCUCCCAAGGACGGACUGGCGGGCGGAGUGCUGCAAGACCCGGUACUGCUAGACCAAGGACUGGUGCCUCGACCAUCGCCCGCGUCGAAGCCCAGCAAGUCAUCUGCGCCGUGAGCGAGUCCCGCGGCAUCUCGCCCACUGUGGGCCUUGCCUUCGUGAACCUGGACACCGGCGAAGCCGUCUUGUGCCAGAUAUGUGACAGCCAGACUUACGUCCGAACCAUUCAUAAGCUGAGAGUCUAUGGACCUUCCGAGAUACUGAUUGUUGCGACUGCUACCAACCCGAAGUCCAAGCUCUUCGCCAUCAUCGAGGAGAAUCUGGAGGACCUGGGCAGUAAGAUCACGCUGCUCGACCGUCGCUACUGGGCGGAGACCACCGGUCUGGACUACAUCCAGCAAUUGGCCUUCGCUGAGGAUGUUGAGGCCAUCAAGAUUUCCAUUGGCGGAAACUACUUUGCUGUCUGCUGCAUUGCGGCGGUGCUCAAGUACAUCGAGCUUGGGCUCUCCAAGACGUUUCCUUUUCACUCCCUCAGAAUCAAAUACGAGCCAUCCGAAGGCUCGAUGAUGAUUGAUGUCUCGACCAUACGGUCGCUCGAGCUUAUCCAAAACUUGCAAAAUCCAAAGUCAAAAGAUUGUCUGUUCGGCCUGCUCAAUGAGACCUUGACGCCUAUGGGGUCUCGGCUGCUGCGGAGCAACAUCCUUCAGCCGCUCACCGAUCCCGAGACGCUCAACAUUCGCUAUGACGCAUUAGAAGAACUUACUACGAAGGAGGAGAUGUUUUUCGCCAUCCGACAAGGCUUGUUCUAUGCUGAGCCUCCGUUAAAAGCGUUUCUUGACGUCGACAGGAUACUGACUUCUCUCAUCGUGGUGCCAACGAAACCUUCGGUGCAGCAUACGGAACAGUCGAUCAAUCAGGUAAUCAUGUUGAAGCGAUUCGUCAACUCUGUGAAGCCGAUAUAUGAAGCCCUGACCGGAGCAAGGAGUGCCAUGCUGACCAACAUUCGCGAGCUCUGUUCAUCGGAAAACGUAGAGCCCGUCCAAGAGCUGAUCGAUGGCGUCAUCAAUGAGGAUACAACCUUUGCAAGUCAGCCCCUGGAUUUAAGAAACCAACGGACGUAUGCCGUCAAGUCUGGUAUCAACGGUCUGCUCGAUGUCGCUCGGCAGACGUACAAAGAAGCUACGGAAGAUGCUUAUCAGCAUGUCACUGAACUCAGCGAGCGCUAUGACCUGCCGCUGGAUCUCAAGUUCGACAACGUCCGCCAGUUCUACAUCCGUAUCGCGGCCGCUGAUCUCGAGGAGCGCCCUGUGCCCCCCGAGUUCACUAAUCUAUUCCGCAAGAAGAACUGGGUCGAAUGCCAGACCCUAGACCUAAUGAAGCGAAAUCAGAAGAUCUCCGACUCCCACAAUGAAGUCCUCCUCAUGAGCGACAAAGCCGUCCAGGAGCUCAUCGAAGAGAUCCGCAGCCAAAUGUCCAUCCUCUUCAAGAUCUGCGAAGGCAUCGCCAUGCUCGACAUGGUGACCUCCUUCGCGCAACUAGUAACAAGCCAAGACUACGUCCGCCCCCAACUCACCGAUACCCUCGCUAUCAAAUCCGGCCGCCACCCUAUCCGCGAGAAAGUGCAGUCUGCGAAGUUCAUCCCCAACGAUGUCUACGCGAGCCAACAAACCCGCUUCCAGAUCAUUACGGGCUGCAACAUGAGCGGCAAGAGCACCUACAUCCGCUCCAUCGCCCUCAUGGUCGUCAUGGCUCAAAUUGGCUCUUUCGUGCCGGCGCAGUACGCCGCGUUUCCGAUCCUGCACCAGCUCUUCGCGCGCGUCUCCAUGGACGAUAGCAUCGAGGCCAACGUUUCGACUUUCGCGGCUGAGAUGCGCGAGACCGCGUUCAUCCUUCGCAACAUCGACCGCCGGAGUCUGGCUAUUGUCGACGAGCUCGGCCGCGGCACCAGCACGCGCGACGGACUGGCGAUUGCGCUUGCGAUAGCCGAGGCGCUGGUGGAUAGCAGAGCGCUCAUCUGGUUCGUGACGCAUUUCCGUGACUUGGCGACUAUCAUGGCCGAGCGCAGCGGCGUCAUAAACCUGCAUCUUGCCGUCGAGAUGGUGGAUGCGGAGUCGAUGACCAUGCUGUAUAAAAUCGCCGAGGGCGCGGUCGCAGAGGAGCACUACGGUCUUGCGCUCGCGCGCGUCGUGCCGUUGCCGGCGGAGGUCAUCGAGACGGCGACGGAGGUCGCGAGGAAGUUGGAGAAGAAGGUUAGGAGGAGGCGGAAGACGAGUCGGGCGGUGAUGAAUGAGAGGAGGAGGAAGCUGGUGCUCAGUCUGAAGGAGCAUCUUGUGCAGGCAAAGAACGGCGCAUUGGAGGGAGCGGUGCUGGCGGAGUGGCUUGCGGAACUGCAGAGGGAGUUUGUCGUCAGGAUGACGGCUAUUGACCGGGAGGCGAGGGAGGCGGAGGCGGAGGAAAGCGAGGAUGAAGAGAUGGAGAUAGAUGGGAAGAGGCCUGGGGACGAAGAGAACGAGGCCGAGGCCGAGCUGGCGAGGUGUGGCUCGAAGGCGAGGCCAGUUGAGAUUGAGAGUGACGAUUCGGAGGGCGAGAGGGUUGUGGAGACUGCUUCGACGGCCGAGGACAAUCAAUUUACGCAUUCGCGCUUGCCGAGCGCUACAGCUGGGGUUGAUCAGACGUCUGAGAGAAUAUUGUGGAACGGGAUAGCUUGA